GACGGUCGCUUCCACACUGUGUGCGGUCACUUCAUCCCGAUGUCUAGUCGCACGCAAGACUGCUUGAGGCCUGACUGUCUGUUCAGUUCGCGCCACGCACACCCGACAGGUUGUAAGUCCUCCGCCUGCCAGCGGUUGAUGACUGUGCCGCAGCGCAAUCCAAUCAGGAUCAGCGAGACCAAAUGCGCAGACUGCCUCAUGCGCGAGCGCGAGAGCGGUAUGGUCGGCUAUGCUUAA